AAUUUUGACAUAUCUAAACAAAAUUUUUUAUGUCAAUUAUAAUAUGUGUAAAAUUUCUUAGAAAUAAAUAAAUAAUAAAAAUAUAAUGACUUCUCACAGUUCUAAUUCAUCUGAAGGAAGUCGCUCCGAUAAUUCAGACUUAAAUGCUAUAACUAGAUAUAUUGCCGAAAAAUUUGGAUUAGUAGAUAAAGAAGAACGAGAAAAACCAAAGAUUUUAGAUGAUGUUUCUUUUGAUGGCCUGAUUAAUCACAUUAAGAGUAAAGAUGUCACAAAAAUUAUCACAAUGGCUGGUGCAGGAAUCUCAACAUCUGCUGGGAUUCCAGACUUUAGAUCUCCAGGAUCUGGUCUUUAUGAUAAUUUGCAAAAAUAUGAGUUACCACAUCCCCAAGCUAUAUUUGAACUGGACUUUUUCUUUGACAAUCCGAAACCCUUUUUUGUCCUUGCUAAAGAAUUGUAUCCUGGCAGUUUUAAGCCUACACCAUGCCAUUACUUUAUAAGACUACUAGCUGAGAAAGGAAAGCUUCUGAGGCACUAUACACAAAACAUUGAUACUUUAGAAAGAGUGGCAGGAAUUCCUGAUGAAAAAUUAGUGGAGGCUCAUGGUACUUUUCAUACAGGACACUGUGUUCUUUGUCGCAAAGAAUAUACACAGAAUUGGAUAAAAGAAAAAAUAUUCAAUGAUGAAAUUCCUAUAUGUACGGCAUGUCCUGGAAUUGUAAAGCCAGACAUUGUGUUUUUUGGUGAAAAUUUACCUGAUAAAUUUCACCAUUGCAUACAGAAAGAUUUUAAACAAUGUGACCUGUUAAUAAUCUUGGGUUCUUCAUUGGUUGUUCAACCUUUUGCCUCACUUGUUGACAGGGUACCACAUACAUGUCCCCGGUUAUUAAUCAACCGAGAAAAAGUAGGUCAAACUAGUGGUAUAAUGUCCAUGUUUGGGUUUGGGGGUGGUCUUGAGUUUGACAAUCCUGACAAUAGUAGAGACAUUGCAUGGCUGGGGGAUUGUGAUGAGGGAUGUAUCCUGUUAGCAGAGAAACUGGGAUUUGGAGAAGAACUAAAAAAACUAAUAAGCGAGGAACAUGCUAGAAUUGACCAUGAAAAUCUUGGAGGGCAGGAAAAUAAGAAAGCAAAGGAACCAAUUGAUAUCAAAGCGACAGAAGAAAAUUUAACUGAAAUUACAGAUGUUAAAGAAGAAAUAAAUGAAAUUGAAGUUACAAAUGUUAAAAAAGAAAUAAAUAUAAAUGAAACUACAAAUGUUCAAAAAGAAUUAACUGUAAUCAAGACUACAAAUACUAAAGAAAAAAACAUAGCCGAAUUUACAAAUACUAAAGGAAACAAGCAGGAUAUUGUCAAAGGAGAAUGUUCAAAACGUAAAUCUCCAAAAAAGCCUAUUUCACCAGGUGUGACAGUUAAGCACUCCCAAAAACAGAAAGAGUUGGAAAAACCGUAAAAUUCAGUUCAGAAGACGGUGCUGGAGUGAAAAUAAGUCAUUGCUUAAUAAAUAAUAGAUUUCUACAAUAAUUUGUCAUAAGGAACACACAGUUAAUAAAUGUUUAAUUUUU